GGGGGCCCCAGGUGUCAGUCGCUUGCCCAUCCCCGGUCCUCCUCCUCCUCCCGAGGAAAAAGGUGGGUAUGCACGCGAUGGCCUCGCCGGCGGUGGCGACGCGGCACCCUUCCCCCUCCUUCUUCGGCCCAGAUCCUCGCCGCCGGCUCCUCCGCCACCGCGGGAAUUCGCCUUCCAAGCUAGGUUUCCGAAGAUUGGGAUUGCAGUUAAAGGUUACUGCAAUUUUUGGGUGGAUUAGGGGAGACACAACAACACGUGAAUUGAACCCGUCUGCUGAAUCAUAUCCGCUCACAGGGUCAGCCUCAGAGGUAGACACCAAGCCACGUGAGGUUUCUGUCAAUGUUGUUUCUUCUAUUAUGGACAUUCCUUCAGCAGAUUGGGAUGCAUGUGCAGUUGAUUCAGUUGAUCCUGACAAGUUUAAUCCUUUCCUUACCCACGCAUUUCUCUCCAGCUUAGAGGAAUCUGGUUCUGCAGUGAAGGAAACAGGGUGGUUACCUCUGCAUGUUGUUGCACGGGAUGAGAAUGAAAGUAUCGUAGGUGUUGUCCCGCUUUACCUGAAAAGCCAUUCAAGAGGAGAGUUUGUAUUUGAUCAGUCAUGGGCAGAAGCUUACUAUAGCUAUGGACUUGAGUACUACCCCAAGUUGCAGUCUUGUGUUCCUUUUACUCCAGUAACUGGUCAAAGAAUAUUAGUUCGUGAUACACCAUACAAGGAUCAAGUUUUUGAAGCUUUAGUAAAAGCUUUGAAGAGUUUGACCACCAAGCUGAAGGCUUCAUCAUUACAUAUAACCUUUCCUUCAGAAGGUGAAUUCAGUAAGUUGAAGGACAAUGGUUUCAUGCAGAGAAUCGGAAUGCAGUAUCACUGGAGAAAUCGAAAUUACAAAAGUUUUGAUGAGUUUUUAAUGGAUUUGAAGCAGCCCAAACGGAAGAAUAUCAGACAGGAACGCAAAAAGAUUCCUGCACAAAAUUUGAAAAUGAAGCGACUUCGUGGAGAUGAGAUAAAGAGCGGUCAUUGGGACACCUUCUAUAAGUUCUACCGUAACACAACAGAUAAUCACUGGGGUAGGCCAUACUUGACGAGGGAAUUCUUUCACCGCUUGGGAGAAAAGAUGGGUGACAAGGUGAUGCUUAUUGUUGCUGAACAUGAUGAUAAACUUGUUGCUGGGGCUCUUAACCUUAUUGGAGGUGACACGCUGUUUGGUCGCUUAUGGGGAUGUCUGCCAGAUGCUUAUUUCCCCAAUUUGCAUUUUGAAGCUUGCUAUUAUCAGGCAAUUGAAGCAGCUAUAGAAUUGAACCUGAGUAAGGUGGAGGCAGGUGCUCAAGGAGAGCACAAGAUCCAGCGUGGUUACCUCCCAGUGACAACAUACAGCUGCCACUACUUCUUAAAUCCUGGUUUUGGGACAGCUAUAGGAGACUAUCUUGCACAUGAGACAGCUCAGGUUAAGCACGUUAUUAAGGUCCUGCAUGAUUCCGGCCCAUACAAGGAAGACAUACUGAACGAUUUUUUACUUGAACAAGGCGAUGGAGUGUAGAACACAGGAGCUUGCAGCUAUGCAUAUGUUCAUGAUUCAAGAUGAUCCAGAAGGACCAGAAGUAGCACAUAUUAUACGGGAGAUCACAUUCCUCCACAAGGAGAUGAUACUAUGAAGAUAUAGAACCUUACAGCUGUACAUUGCUAGGCGUGUAAAUAGCUUUCAUUUGGAAAUCGAGUCAUUAGCUUGAAAUGUCACAACUGAAAAACAUUCUAUGGCGCAGUUUCGCCUGUCUGAAUGCAACUACAAGUUUACA